AUGACUGAACAAGUCGACGUACUCAUCUGCGGCAGUGGCUCCGCCGGGCUCUGCGCUGCAGUCUGGCUCGCCCGCUGCGGAGUAAGCUACAAAAUCCUAGAGCGCCGGCCUGGUCCACUCGACAAAGGCCAGGCGGACGGUGUGCAAUGCCGGACAGUCGAGAUAUUUGAGAGUUUGGGUAUCUCUGAGGAUCUCCUCAAAGAAGCGCACCAUAUCCUUGAGCUUGCGGUCUGGUCGCCCGACGGGGAGGGCGGCAUCAAGUGGUCGCAGUAUUCAGCGGAUACCGAGCCCGGCCUGAGUCACCAGCCACAUGUUAUUCUGAAUCAGGCGAGAGUCAACGAGCUGAUGAUGGGGGAUAUACAGAGGUCUGCGGGUAGAAUUGAGAGCGAGUAUGGGGUUGAAGUGACAGGUGUGCAUGUCAACAGCGAGGAAGCGAAAAACCCCGACGCUUUCUGCGUCGAAACAACAGCCAUAAGCAGUGGAAAGGAGAGGAAGUAUCUGUCAAAAUAUGUCUUGUCGAAGGGGUGUGAUGGAGCACACAGCGCAGUCCGCAAAUCCCUGGGUUUCCAAAUGUUAGGCGACAGCACCAAUACCCUGUGGGGAGUUAUUGACUUGUACCCACGGACAGACUUCCCGGACCUCCGGAAGAAAGUGAUCCUGCAUUCUGACGCAGGGCAACUGGGGAUUAUUCCCCGCGAGGGUGACUCAAUGGUACGCUUCUAUAUUGAGCUCGACGGAAUGGCCGCUCAGGACGUCACCCUAGCCACUCUCGAGAAAAAGGCUCGUGCCAUCUUUCGUCCGUAUUCACUGGAAAUCACAGAGGUGGUCUGGUGGUCUGCAUACUCAAUUGGUCAACGAUUAGCCGAAUAUUUUACCCAGGACAACCGCGUGUUCCUGACAGGAGAUGCUUGUCACACACAUUCCCCCAAGGCCGGCCAGGGUAUGAAUGUGAGUCUGCAAGACGGUUACAAUAUUGGAUGGAAGCUAGCUGCUGUGCUUCGCGGCCAAUGCCCUCCCGAAAUACUAGAGACGUAUGUCUCAGAGCGUCAGAAAACAGCAUCCGACCUGAUCAACUUUGACCGGUCCUGGUCGAAACUGUUUUCGACCACGUAUUGUCAGGAGAAUAACAUCACCCCGGAAUAUAUCAAAGAGCAGUUUGUCAAGUCAGGUAGAUAUACUGCUGGUCUAGCAACCAAGUAUGAGCGGUCCUUGCUGGUGUCACCGAAUACAGACACCCAGGACCUGGCGACUCACUUGGUGGUGGGGACGCGCUUCCCAAGUGCCCAGGUCGUCCGGCUCUGUGAUGCUAAGGCAAUGCAAUUGGUCCGGGCCCUCCCUGCGGAUUCUAGAUGGCAUAUGGUCGUGUUCGCGGGAGAUAUUGCUGAUCAGGCUGCUGCAGAGCGGCUGCAAAAGCUCUCUACGGAACUUAAUCAUAUCAUCCGCCGGUUUACCCCACAAGACCAGGACGUCGAUAGCAAGAUCCAGUCUUUGCUUGUUGUAUCGACACCACGGGUCAAACUCGAGCAGAAGAAAAUCCCAGAAUUAUUUACUCCUGUCGCGGGGAAAUGGAGAAUGAAAUGCCUACAGAAGGUGUUCGUCGAUGACGAGAGCUAUACCUCGGGCCAUGGCCAUGCGUAUGAAACCUAUGGCAUUGGUCGAACCGGGGGUUGUUUGGUAAUUGUUCGUCCAGACCAAUAUAUCGCACGGCUGAGUUCGCUGGAAGAUUGGGCAGGAGUUGCACGGUUUUUUGAGGGAUUUAUGCUCCCCGUUGCCCACAAUUAG